CGGGCGGCCUGGGCCUGGGCCUGGGGGCGGGGCCCUGCGCUCCCGUCCCGCAGCCGGGGAGCUGCGCAGCGCUGCUGGGACCGCUCGCCUGUGGCUUUCCCGGGGCGUGGGGCCCUCGCCUGCCCCCGCAGAGGCAGCUCUGGUGCUGGGAUGUGCCCGGCGCCCGGAUUGCUGUUAGCAGCCCCACCUGCGUGGCAGAAGAAGAAGCUGGGCCUAAACCCAGGAGUUCAGACUGGGUUGCUUCAUGCCCGGGCUCCGUUGGUUGUGACAGGCAUGGAGGGAGGGCACCCAGGGCAAGAGUUGUUGGAGUUGAUUAGCCAGACAGUCAUGAAAUGAAUCCUACCAACCCUGUUUUAAUGCUCUUUCUGCUGUUUUAUGCCUCCCUCCUGUCCUCCUAGGUUUAUAAUGGCGUCUUAUACCUGCAUUACUUGCCGUGUGGCUUUUAAGGAUGCUGACGUUCAGCGUGCCCACUACAAAACCGACUGGCAUAGAUAUAAUCUAAAACGGAAAGUUGCUGACAUGCCACCUGUGACUGCCGAGAAUUUCCAAGAGAGAGUCCUAGCUCAGAGAGCAGUGACAGAGGAACAGAACAAAGUCACUGCCACCUACUGCACAGCUUGCAGCAAGAGGUUCUCCACAUUCAAUGCCUAUGAGAAUCAUUUGAAGUCCAAGAAGCACCUAGAUCUUGAAAAACAAGCUGUCCAGGCUGUCAACAAGAAGGUAGAAACCUUAAAUGAGAAGAACCUGGAAAAGGGGCUGGCCCAGGAGAGCCUAAACCACGAUGAAAUGAAUACAGCUAUUCAGCAAGCCAUCAGGGCCCAGCCAUCCGUGUCUCCAAAGAAGAUACCAUUGCUCCCAACUGAUACAAGCAGCUCUCCACCUUCUGCUGAAGGUAAUUUGUCACAGAGCAGAGAGCAAUUGGAAAAACCUCCAAGGCUACAGUGGUUUGAACAGCAGGCACGGAAACUGGCAAAACAGGAUGCAGAGGAUGAGGAGGAUAUGGAAGAAGGCUGGGAGGAUGCAGAUUCUGAUGAAGUUGGAGAUUCUGAAGAUGAGCAGAUGGAAGGUGCAGUGGGUGAAGAUGAGAAGCAGAUUGCUGCUGGUGCAGUACCACUCACAGACUGCUUGUUUUGUCCUCACCAUUCAAGCUCUCUCAUGAAAAAUGUGGCCCACAUGACAAAAGCCCACAGUUUCUUUAUUCCAGAUAUAGAAUACCUUGUGGAUCUCAGGGGACUGAUUAAGUACUUGGGAGAAAAAGUUGGUGUUGGGAAAAUCUGCCUGUGGUGCAAUGAGAAGGGGAAAUCCUUCUACUCAACAGAAGCAGUGCAGGGUCAUAUGAAUGAUAAAAGCCACUGCAAGCUCUUCACAGAUGGGGAUGCUGCCUUGGAAUUUGCAGACUUCUAUGAUUUUAGGAGCAGUUACCCUGAUCACGGGGAAGGAGAGGAUGUGGUGAUGUCUGGAGAGCUCCCAGCAGGGAAGAAUUUAGAAUAUGAUGACGAAAGUAUGGAAUUGAUCCUCCCUUCAGGUGCCAGGGUUGGUCACCGUUCUUUGAUGAGAUACUACAAGCAGCGGUUUGGUUUGUCAAGAGCAGUGGCUGUUGCUAAAAAUAAGGCGGCAGUGGGCAGGGUGUUGCAACAGUACAAAGCUCUGGGUUGGACAAGCAGUACAGGAGCAGCACUAGCACGUGAACGUGACAUGCAGUAUCUACAGAGGAUGAAGUCUAAGUGGAUGCUGAAGACGGGAAUGAGUAACAAUGCUACAAAGCAGAUGCAUUUCCGGAUGCAAGUCAGAUUCUGAGCUGCCACAACUCUACGGAGCUUGUUCCAGGAGAGGAGAAUUAAUAGCUUUUUUGGGGGUGGGGAGGGGAGGGAAUGUCAUUAAAAUGGACCCUGGUACCUAGCCAAGGACUGUCUGGAUGCUACUAUUCCUCCUCUGCCCAAAUCUUGUUAAGAGAUCUUGUAUUCUAAUAACUGGCCUAUCACAUUUAAGUGUCCAAAUAAAGUAUGUGGUAUAGGUUAGUCACUGGUGUAGAUGAUGCACAUUCUACUAGUGUCCAUCUUUAUGCAGUAGGUUUUGGUUGAAUAGCUAACUUGGUGUUGUAAUUGAAUUUCAGAAAACUGGGGAGAGGGGUGGCUAAGAGAAGAUUCUGAUUAUAAACCUGAGGGGUGAGAGAGGCCUGCGCUUCAGCCCUUCUGGAUUAGGGCAGAUGAUUUUCUUUUGUAUGAAGUAGGAGAGAGCACUUUACCAAAGUUAUACGCUUUCUUUAUAUCAAACAAUCUUGUAAGAGGCACUUUAGACAGGAGUGUUAAAAUCCUUCAGUGGGUGACUUAAGGAGAGCUUUUCAAAAUGAGCACAUUGCCAGCACAUGAUGAGUGCCGGGUAUCUACUCCAGUUGUGUUCAGUUUAUGUAGAAAUUUCCCUGCUAGUUGUUUGAAGUAACACUUGACCUAAAAGGAAAUGGUUAUUUUUUGUUCUGAAACCAUAGUUCCAGAGUUUCAGUUAAUAGUUUCUAUCCUGUCAGACUCACUGUGCCAGGAAACAGUUGGGUUUACUACAAAUAUUACAAGUUGUCUGUUUGGAUUUAACUUCAUUGUAAUGUUUUGAAUACUUUAUUCAAAUUAAAGUAUACGUUUAAAGUAUUUUUACCAGCACCACUCCCAUUAUGAAUUGUUAAAAUUACUCAUUACUGAUGAGAGUUGAAAAGUUAAGGUAGUGGUCACCUUUGCACUUGUGUAGAGAGGCAUUUUUACAUUCUUGAUAAAACACACCGACCACACAAUCUUCUCUAGAAAAGCAGUCUGCUAAACUGGGGUCUGUCUGGCAUCAGUCAGAAAUCAGAUAUGCUGUUACCUUUGUCACCCCACAGUUGCAGUAGAGUAUGAGAAGUGCAGAAAUAUGAACAUGUCAGCAUGGUGCACACCAGUGCUAGGUGACUGACUAUGGAAUGUGGCUAAGAACCAGUCUUUUCUCCCAAGGUUAUCCCAGCUACUACUACAUUACUUUGUCAAAUUAAAUGCAAGUUUUAACCCUGUGCCAUGAGAUUAUUUCUGUGACAAAGAUUUGGUCUCCCCUCUAGCUCUACAUACACAGAACCGUCUUUCUGUUUCCUGGGACUACUAUUAGGUUUAUGAAAAAUCUGAAUUUCAUCAUUAGGAUUGAUACAUUAGUGGUUUAUUGGGAAGGUAAGGAUUAUUAAUGUAAAUUUCACUGAAAAUUAAGCAUGAAUGAUAGCCAGCUCAUGUUUUUAGAAAAACUACAUGAA